AUGGAGAUGGCAACGAGGCGAAUAUCUGCCCCAGGCGAUGAGUCCCAACCCACAGAAGCCGAUGCACCAUACAGUGCUCUGCCCGAAGUCGAGAAGAUAUGCCUGUUGCUCGCAUCAUCCCUUGCCGCCAUCAUUUCACCCUUUUCCACCUGCAUCUAUUAUCCGUCUGUGAAUGCGUUGUCAAGGGAUCUCGGUGUCUCGAUUUCUCUCAUUAACCUGACCAUAAGUACAUACCAGGUAUUCCAAGGUAUUGCUUCGUCCGUGACCGCUGCCAUCUCCGACACAUACAGCCGCCGCCCAGCUUACCUGUUCUGCUUCAUCAUCUACCUGGGCGCCAACCUCGGCCUGGCGCUGCAGGAUGUUCACGCCGCCUUGCUCGUCCUACGGUGCGUACAGAGCUCUGGCAGCAGCGGAACCGUCGUUCUAGGCCAGGCGGUCGUCUGGGAUCUUACGACACGAGCAGAGCGCGGCAAGUACAUCGCAUCUACGAUUAUAGGCUAUACGCUGGGUCCAGCUCUAGGUCCGCUUGUUGGCGGGCUGCUAUCCCAAUGUCUCCACUGGCGGGCAAUGUUCUGGUUCCUCCUGAUCUUAUGCAGCGUCCUCGCAUCCGUAAUGUUCAUCUUCUUCCGCGAGACCAGGCGUUCAAUCGUAGGAAACGGAUCUGUGCCGCCGCCCACAUGGAAUCGCUCGCUUCUACAGAUGAUUCGCCCGGACUCAACCACGCCGGAAGCCAAGACCCUCGAGAAGCGACGGCCCGUUGUCAAUCCUUUCCGAUCGGUACCAAUUCUUGGGGAUAGAGAGAGCUGCGUCAUUAUCAUGUACGGCGGUCUUUUGUACGCUGGCUAA